AACAAACCAGAGGGGCCUAGGACAAGAGAUUAUCACAUUAUUUGGCUCAAGUUACAGGUAAUAUAGCCUACGUCAUAUUUAAUCAAGGUGCAGGAGGCUAUAAGGGCAGUACCCUGCAAGUAACUGACUUAUGGAAUACAACGCAGAUAUACCAUGCCAGCAUCUUUGUGGUGAACGGCAACACUCGGCACAACUACCCGGGUGCCUACAAUGACUUAAGAUUUUUAUUUGUAGAAAUUUAUCAUCACUCAUUUGUGAACCUAAAGGUAGACGAAUUAGCUAAUUUAUUUAUAUUUUUUUAAAGAUAGUUUUAUUUAUUGGUAAUUUAAGACAACAGGACCUUAAUUUAUAGAUUUUUUAUAAGGACAUAGAUUAUUAUAGAUUUAUAAUUAUUAGUUAUACCCAGUACAGUACUGUAUGUGUUUUUGGGAAAUGAAAGUGUGCUCUCAUAGACUAGUCAUUUUUAAUACUGUACUUGUGUUGCUUCAAGUUAUCUCUAAGUUUAUUCCAAGGUACAGAGAUGUAGUUCUGUGUUACUCACAUUGGUUUUAUUAAUCAGUCUAUAAUUACAUAACAUUGUGUUCUCUGUAACUUAGAAGUACAGUACAACCUGCCAGUUCUUAGUACUGUACAGUGACAAGAACUGCAAGACUUUGCAAGUUACAAUAAACAUAAGUACAAUAUUAGUAUUUAGAAUUUGUUAAAGUUUUUGUUGUAAACUAUUUAUUUACCUUUUGAUUGACCAGUACUUCACUGAAGGUCAGUGAAAUCAAAACUGUAAAUAUUCACUAUAUUAGUGAGAUGUGUUUUGUCUCUAUUGUACAAUAAGAUACAUCUUAUGUAUUACGUACUUCAACUGAAGGGAAUUUAACACAAUUCAUGCUGAUGAUUUAUCUAAGAAUGAAUAUCAUUGUAUGUUGGCAUAAUGAAUGAAAACAUCCAACAUGCAAUAUAUGAAUGUUUUGAGUGUGGCCGGAGAUUCUCCGCUCCUCAGGCACUCCGAAUUCAUGCAAGAAUGCAUACCGGAAAGAAGCUUUAUGAAUGUCAGGAUUGCGGUAAAACCUUCAAAAUGGAGUUUUACUUCAACUAUCAUCGCAUGAAUGACACAGGCAUAAACAAAUUUGAAUGUGGUGUAUGUGAAAGAAAAUUCAGCAAUGAAAGUUGUGUGGAAACCCACUACAAAAUCCACUCUCAGGAAAAGUCGUACGAGUGUCGAAAAUGUGGAAAAGUUUACAUCCAACUGGGAAGUUUUAAAAACCACAUCAUGGCUCAUCCACCAACAUACUCCUGUAAGGAGUGUGGGAAAGUUUAUACUGACUCCAGUAGUUUAGUGGCACAUGAACGAGCACACACUACUCAAAAGCCUUUCCUCUGUACCAACUGUGGGAAGAGAUUUGCUCAUGCUUUUAACUUUGAAAUUCAUUUCCAGUCUCAUUGCAAAAAUCAGAAGGAAGACGGUGGCCACAGCAGCAACAUAAGUUCCAGAACCCCUGGUUUAGGGACGUGUUCUGUCUGGCAGUCAUCUGGCAAAAUCCCUUGUAGAGGAAGCAGAAGUAAAGCUAGCAAAACAAAACCUUUUGAAAUAGAAGUGAUUGAUUUAGGUUCAGAUUCAGAGUGUGAAGAAUCCGAGCCUGAGGAAUUCUUACCUCUUGAGGUUUGCCUUAAUGAGGGGGAUGAAGAACUGACUAUACAAGAUCUUAUGCAAAGAUAUGGAGAUGAGAAUAUAUAACAGAAAAUUUAGACUUCCUGAAGUCAUGGCAUUCUUUUUGAAGAAUAUGUAUUACAGUCAAAUGGUUAUUUUUAUUGAUUUUUUUUAACCUGCAGGUAAUUUAUACAUGUGCUGUCUUUGUAUUUAAUAUAAAAAUUCACAGUACAGGGGGGCCCCCCCAAGUUCACGGAUUUUUAUUUCGCGGUCCUCUAUUAUUCGCGGAUGACACUCUGGAUGUACCCAAGAAUGUCUGUGGGUAGUUUUAAAGUUGCUGGCAUUUUUGCAGCUGAGACAGGGAGCUAUUCGUUUUAGAGACAGUAAUUUCCUUUACCUGUAUUGUAAAUAUGUGUGUGUGCGUGCGUGCACAUGCACAUGCACGCGCGCAAAACACAUACAAAUAAAUAAUAAUAGGAAACUCCUCUCACAAGUACAGUAAUCAGAAACAAAUUUAUUAAAAAUGUGACAAGUUUACCCUCAAGUAAGUAUUUUACUACUUAUUAAUAAAGCACGGACUUGAGGGUAGACUACAUUUUUAAUACAUUUUUGUCUGAUUAUCUGUAAGAGUAUUUUCCCAUUAUAUUAUU